AUGAGCGACGACGGAGAAAGAAGUUGCCCUCUCUGUGCGGAGGAGAUGGACUUGACUGACCAACAAUUAAAGCCCUGCAGAUGUGGCUACGAGGUUCUGAAUUCCGGCCUUGUCACUAUUCUCCCAUUGGCAUGGUCAACAAUCAUCAAGCACCCCAAAAACUCUAACGACAACAUAUGAACCACAGUCAAAUGGUUACGGAUCUCUAUUUCUUUUUAUUACUUGUGUAAGAGACUCAACAUCGUUAUUUUUUCCCCUUCAGAUUUGUGUCUGGUGUUGGCAUCAUAUUGUUGAAAUGGCUGAAAAGGAUGACUCAGAGGCACGGUGUCCUGCAUGUCGUACCCCUUAUGACAAGGAAAGGAUUGUUGGGACGGCUGCAAAUUGUGAAAGGUAGUGGGGACAUUAUAUGACGUUCUUUUUAAGUUAUUUAUUAUCCUAGUGAAUUCCCAAAUUUUGACUGCUACCUUGAUAGGGUGGUUGCUGAAGUAAAUGCCGAGAAAAAGCAAAAGUUUCCAAAGGCAAAGCCGAAGACAUCUUCAGAAGCAAGAAAACAUCUGAACAGCGUUCGCGUAAUUCAGCGAAAUCUCGUGUAUAUAAUUGGAUUACCUUCAACUAUGGCUGAUGAAAAUGUGCGUUACAUCUCUCUGAUGCCUCCUAUUUUGGACAUUUUGUUCAUUAUUUACACUUGAAGAUCUGUUUUCAUUUAUUUUUGAAUAUAAUUCAUUUAAAAUUGUACUUUUGGAUAUCAGUUACUUGAACGCAGAGAAUACUUUGGCCAGUAUGGUAGAGUCUUAAAAGUUUCUAUUUCUCGCACAACUGGGGGAGCUCAGCAAGCAUCUAAUGCUAGUACUUUUAGUGUGUAAGUGAUAACCUUGAUUUCGUAGUUCUCUUCUUGCUUUUAACAGGAUUUAGAUGAUAAAAGACUAAUUUGUGGAAUUGUUUAUGGACUUAAGGCAAAUGUCUCCUGCAACAUGCAGCAUUAUUUUCUUAUCACUUCCAAUGUACUUGCUAAUCUCCCCUGUUCUUCUAUUCAAGUACUACCAAAAUGAUUGCUUUCAUGCGCCAGUGAAGUCAUUUUACAUUUUGAAUGGUAAUUUCACUGUUCGUGUUCCCAUACAUAAUGAUUAGUUUGCGUCAGUUGCUAUGUCCCUUCUGUUGACAAGUGUCGUCUAAAUGGAUGACAUGGUAAGCCAGCCUCAAUUAGGAAGGUAAGUUAGCGUCAAAGAAUGGAUCUUAAAAUAUUUUUGGAGAACAAGAAACCUGGGGAGAAUUCUGUUUCUGUCUUCUUGCCUCUUGAAAAGGGAAGAUCUAUUCAUAUCAUGCUUUAUGCCUCACGCCACAUCAUCAUUUCGCUGGUUGAAAUCACUUGUUAAAGAGCUUCAUCGUUGAAGUUGUCAAUCCUGAAAAUGGGUUGUGUGUUUUCCUCCAUGGCAUUCAUGAAUAAAGCUUUGGAUAUGCCUGACCAUUGCUAAUGUCCUUGUUUGCUGUUAUAGUUUUGGCUGUUGAUUAUUCGAUCUUGUUCAUACUUGCUGUUUUAGGUACAUUACAUAUGCUAAAGAGGAGGAAGCCAUUCGAUGUAUUCAAGCUGUACACAAUUUUGUUUUAGAAGGUAAAACAUUGAGGUAUGUUUUUUUUUCUAUGUUCUCUGGUUGUUUUCUUAAUUAUUUUCUCCUACACUCAUUGAUUUUAUUGUAUUUUUUAGAGCUUGCUUUGGUACCACAAAAUAUUGUCGUGCUUGGCUGAGAAAUAUGGUAUGUGAGGAUAUCUUUUCAGCAUAUUUUAGUGAACUCCUUUUCUUCUUGUUUCAAGGGUGCUUGAUUAAUUUUCUUUUUGAGACUCAGAGGAUUUGUUUAUUGAUGCAGACUUGCAACAACCCAGAUUGCUUGUAUUUGCAUGAUGUUGGUUGCCAAGAGGAUAGCUUCACAAAAGAUGAAGUUAUCUCAGCUUAUACGAGGUAAAUGCUCUGCAAUUUUAUUUAAUAUUGAGUGAUGAUUUUUUCAAAGUAGUAUAAUUAUUUAAUGUGUUUCAGUAUAUGCGUAUGCUUUGUUAGUAGAACCAGUGAUUUUCAUUCAACUUGAAUUUUAUGUUUGAAGAAGCGGGUAUAUAAUAUAUUUCAUACAUUAUCUAUAUUUUAUUUUAUUUGUUGUUGUUGUUUAAUAUUCUUUUUAUACCGUUUAUAUCUUUUCGCUGUUUUUCUAACAAAAUUCCUGUUGCGAGGAAAGUUUUGUUUCUUUUGAUAUGGAAUGCGUGCCAAUUAUAGUUUCGUGUUUCUAUAUGCUAUGAAGGCAAUUUAUGUGUUUAUGCAUAACUUUUGCCAUAAAUGUGCUUGAUUUAUUUUAUCUGCUUAACCGUUUACUAAGAUUUCAUGUCGCACACCUGUCUUUGUCCCGGGAUACUUUAUAUAUGCCCUUAAGAAAAUCCGUAAAAUGCUAGUUGCUGCUUCAAAUGUCUUCCAAGAUCAGAAUAUCUCUCCCAUUGCCUGUCUGAAAUCUGGGUAAGAGCGUAUUAGGAUCAGAGCGGGGUGAAAGUAUUCCCAUAUGAAGCUCAGAUUCCUGACCUGUUAUCUGAUACAUUUUACAUCUGUUAAGCUUCUAAAACAUCUAGUUUUAUUCAACUUUGGUCCACAAGAGUUCUUCUCUGUUACCUAAUUUCAAACUUUGUUAAGACAUUUCGGUCUUUUUCAUGGAGUUACUGUUGGCUAAUCCCAUUGCUCCUCAGCGAUUGGAUGCAGGCCUUGGUCAAAUUGGCAGUCUUUGGUCUUAAUUAGCUACCUAGUUGUGGGAGUUCUUGAUGUGGCCUGGAAAUGAAUGUCUAGGCUAUAUCGCACCAGCUUGUAAAUAACGAACUUAUUACCAGCUGAUAUGACUUUGGCUUUCUCAGCCUUUUUAUGGCUGUCCACUUUAAAUUGUCCAUAAUAUUCUUUAUUAGGGUGUUUUCAACAGAGAUACAAUGCGGAUGCCCAAAAAUUUUCAAGCCCCUUUUCCCCACCUUCCUUUAGUUAACAGACAUCCUUUACUUCUCCUGUAAUGUUUUAAUUCUGCCCUAGCCCUCACACCCUCCAGCAUAAGAGGCAUUCUACUUACUAUUGUUGAAAAACUCAGAGGAUGCAGGGAUUAUGGAUCGGAACAUGAAAAUUAUCCGUUUUUUUUAUUCUGUCACUAAAUGGGCUGAUGCUUGUUCAGUGACUACUCUCUCUGCAUCCUUUUUUAUCUGCCAUUCAUAUGAAUUAAAUAUAUCAGCUGCAUGUGUAACGCUGUCCAGGCUUUAUACUUGGAUAUCCAUCCAAGUUACUGCCGCAGAACAUACACAGCCUGCGUCCCAUGUCUAAGUUGAUCACAAUCCUUGCUGCUGGGAAAAGAGGUAAUGACAUUCGGCCAUUCUUAGGCUUCAAUGGUAAAUGGCGGCUAGGAGACGGCCUUUCCCAGUGUUUAAUCUCAUGUCCUGCCGAGGCUUCCGUGACAUUCAGUUCUUUCAUAGAGGGAUUGCAUAAGUGGUCCUGAUGUCAUAUCACCAUUGUGUUCUUUCCCAUUGUGUUGUUGCAUGGGAAGUUGAAAGUAAAAGGUUAAGAAUUGAGGUGGAAGGAAAUGAAACAAAGUGCUGGAAAUGGCAAUGAACUGGAGAGAAGCUUCUGUCGUUCUCACAAAAGGGUGAACGCAUGGGCAACUGUUCGUUUAGAUCGUAGCCAGAGAAGUACAAAGGAACUAUUGUCAAUCUACCUAAUCUUCUUACUGUCUUCCCCCCUUUUUGUCCAACUGUUAUCUAAGCUGGUAGUGGAAAUAGAUGUUUAGCGUCAAUAUAUAACUAUAAGGUAUCUGAAACUCCUCAGGUUGUUUUGCUCAUGGUGGUAUGAGAAGAUCUCAAUAACAAUCUGAAGAAGACACUCAGGCUGACAAAACUUUAAGAUGGGUAAAAACAGGCAAUUCGCAAAUCUACUGACCGGUUCAGUUCAUUUUCGUUAAUUUCCAUUGAUAUAACCUAGUUAGAGAUAUUUGAUCUUAUCCACUGAUUAAUGGUCUAUGCUUCCAUAGCUGUUACUGAAUACAUCAAAUUCAACUGAUGUGAAGAUAAAACUUACACCGUUGAUUCGAUAUUUAUGAACUAGAUCCAUAGACUUUUAUCAGAUUUUCGUAAUGACGAUUUAUUUUUGGUCGUCCGCUCCAAUUUCUCUUUGAGUGUUUAACGUAAAAAUAGUUGAAAUUGGCUUGUACUAAUGAGGAGAAUCAAGAUAGUGAACUGGUGGGUAGGUGUUUUCUGCUGUCCCGUGACAAAGGAAUGCAUUACGGUUACCUAAUCUUUGAGGGUUGUCAUGUGAAAGGGAUCGCUACCUGGAUCCUGUGAAUCAUUUCCUCAUUAUUGACCUUAUUUAUGCCUUAAUUUAUCUCUCCCCGGGUAAAUUUUUCCUUUUUUUCAAACUGCUCAAUACCUUUAUAUUAAUGGCUUAAUUAUCAUUGCCUCUUUACAGGAGUAGAGUCCCUCCAAUGGCUUCGGGUAAUGUGCAUCGACGUAUUGGUAGUGUGCUACCUCCGCCAGCAGAUGACUUUUGCAAUUCUACGACAGUUUCAGCUAGCAAAAUUGUGAUAAAGGUCUCCUCGAAUGUGAGAAUGAUUUAUAUUCUAGCCUUAAUAAAUUUUCUUUUAUUUUUAUUUUAUACCCUCUUUGUUGUGGAUUUGAUGGACUCCUACAUGGGAAAUUUUUAUUCUCUUAUUGAAAACAAAUGUAUCUCCACUUUGGCUGUGCUGAGGGCUUUGCAGUUUUUGAUGCUUGUUUAUGUGCUGUUGUAUUGAUUAUGUAUAUGUAUUUUUCCUGCUAGACUUCUGUUUCUCAAGCUAAAGGUUCUCUUGACAUUGGCGGUUCUGGAAAGGCCGCCGGUCUUCCAGCUGCUGCUUCAUGGUAUGCGUUGCCUGCCCCUUUUCACUUUGAAUGCGGUUACUAUCUCCUUUGCUAAAAGUUUCGCAUUUUUAGGGGACUCCGAGCUAAUUCCCGACCACCAUCUUCGACUGUAUCAUCUGUGCAAGGCCUUGCCAAAGAAAAACCGGAAACACUCUUUAGUACUUCUGUGCCUUCAUCAACUGGUGCAAGUAUGUCUGCAUGGCAUGACGAUAUAGUUUCAGCUCCAGGAAUUGUUGAAGAGAGUCAGACAGUGCAUGUGGAUGGCAGGUGUAGGCCAUUAGAAUCUCAUAGGUCUACAGGCAAGGAUUCACAGACAUCUGUGUUUAUUUCAUCAGCAGAUGUUUCCCUUGUACAUUGUUCAUCCGCUUGGUCUGAUGAUGACAUUGCACCAGUCAAUAGUACCGAACAGAGCUCAGCAACACGAUUAAAUAGUGGAUCUGGUCUCUUGGAGGCUUUCAAAUAUGUUGGGAAAAAUUCUUAUCCGGCUCCAUCAAAUUCCUUGCCAGAGAUUUCUUCGAUAAAAGAAGCAUCAGCAUGGUAUGAUGAUGUGCAUACGCCCAGCGAUAUAUCAGAAAAAGACCAUGCAACGCAAUCUAGUUCAUCUAGAACUUCAGAUUCGUCCAGAAUAUUUGUUGGUAAAUACUCCCAAACAAUUUCCGGUCCAUCAGCAGAUGGUUCUCUGACGAACGAAAACUCUGCUUGGGAUGAUGAUAUAGGUGCUACCUUGUUGGCGUCUGUAGAAAAUCAUGCAGGUUCCUUUGAAUCAUGUCCUGUGCAAGCACCAGAAACUUCUUUUGAUACAAAACCUUAUGUGCCUGAUUCAGAUUUGUCAGCAGAAUUUGCCAGUAUUAGACCUUAUGAUUUUGUGACUUCUAAGGCCCAGUCAUCUAGUCUAAUUGCACAGGAGGGCGAUAGAGAAGGCUUUUUGUCUAGUGACCUCAACAUGGUAAACAGUUCUGAAUUUGAUCGUCUACCUCAGGCUGUUCCUGGCGAUAAAGCUGCCGGCUCUCGCACUGACGUUAAUGGGUUCAACAUACAAAAUUUGUCUUCACAUUUGUCAAUACUUAACUUGGAUAACCAAUCUUUUAUUGGCCUCCCCAGUAUGGAUGCUCGUGAUUCAGUUUCAGACGCUUUUGGCGAGUUUAUAACAUCGCCUCCAUGUUUUCAGCAGCGGUGCACUGAAAAUGGCACUGGAAAUCUAUAUCUGAGACAUUCUGGUGGGAGUACCAGUAUGUCUGAAGAGACACAUGAACUAUCGGAUCGGGCUUUGGAACCACCGAGAGAAGCUUCUGACGCUGAGCUCCAGCAUUGUGCUUCACACGUUAUUACUCAGUCAUCGCAUUUACCUUAUUCUUCUGGGCCUUUCUUCCUUUCUGAUGCUCCAAGUAAUCAUACUCUCCGUCGUGAAGUGUGUGAUUUAGCAAAUGAAGAUUUUCGAACGUCAGAUGUAGAGCUGAAUGGAACACCGCAUCAAUCUAGAGGUGAUAACACAUUGUCUAAUGGACAAGCUGAGAGGAAGUUUGGCUGUUCGGAAGAAGUGGGGAAAUUUGUGGAAUACCCUGACCCAGUCUCUAUUGGGGAGAACCAAAAGUAUUUUGGAAGAUUGCAUAAUCUACCUGUGGGGAAAAAUGUCAGUGUAGAUACGGGAGAAAGCAACAUAAUUUCCAACAUCUUGUCAAUGGACUUUGAUCCAUGGAAUGAUACAUCGGUUUCAACAGAUAGUUUUGCCAAAUUUCUCUGUGAAACUGAUGAACAGAAUAGCGGGUUGAAAAUGACUAAUUUAUGGAAGGGGCAAAGCAAUAAUCAGUCCCGAUUUUCUUUUGCAAGGCAAGAAAGCCAGACACCCUUCUCAAGACCAUCUUUCAGUGAGUUUGCACAUGUACAGACGAACGGUCCAGGGUUGCAUGGUUCGCUUGUAGAUAUCCAAAAUGGUUUUGCGGCCAGUAGUUCCAGGUAUCCAGUGGGAUUCAGCGGUGACCAAUCCGCGGUUUUGAUUGAGAAAUCUGCUGGUAAGUAUCAGGUGACGGUAGAAUUCCUGGAAUCUUUUGUCCUGUAAAACAUCAAAAAGUUGAUUUUCCAUCCUGGUAAUUUUCUGUUAAAAGAUCAACAUGCUUUUGAUAGUGAGGCAAUUCUAGAUGCGGGUUUGGCUGAUUGAUUUGAGGGGGAAGAUUACCAGUGCAAUUUUGUCAUAUUUUCCUGCUCUUCAUAUGAGAAGAACAAACAUUUGAAUGUUUUUUUUAUCAUGGAUUUUGAGACCCAUAUUAGUCUGCCAAGGAAAUCUGGUGCUCACCGCUAAUUCUCAGUUUUUUUUAAACUCAGACAUCGUUCUCAGGUUUUUAUUAUUGUUCCACAUGAUUUCUUGUUUUCUACGUGUCUCUCUUGGUUCUGUUUUUUGUUUAGGAUUUAUUAUUUGCACCAUCUUCUUGACUCUAACUGUUUGUCACAUCAUCCAUGGCAAAUUUCAUUAUUCGGAUAUAUCGUUUUAGCUUAACUUAACCCGGGCAUUUCAAUUUUUUUAUAUAUUAUAAAAUCAUUUGCGACCAUCAGCAUGGUUUCGAUAAUCCUCAAAAUCACCUAAGAGGAAAUUCUUCACUAGUUAGUACUUUUGUAAUUGCUGACGUUUUUUCCAUCACUCGAUUGUCACUGCAUGUAGCUAUUGAUUUCUAUUGCUUUACCAUAUACUUUUUGAUCUGACAGACAUUUUCUGAUUCCAUUUUGUUCCUUUGUCUUAUUAAAGCUGCUUCAAGGGCUAAGACUUCGGCACCUCCUGGAUUCUCAGUCCCAAACAGGCUUCAGGCGCCUCCUCCUGGUUUUUCAUCCCAUGACAAAUUGGAUCAGGCUUAUGAUAGCACAUAUUCAGGUUUGAUAGUCUCAUUGCGCUAGUGUUCUGGACAUCAGCAAGACCAGCUCGAUGUAAUGCGUUUUCUCCAUUUGCAGAGAACCAUAUGUAUGGAGGAGGGCCUUCUCUGAGGAGGGAGUAUCCGAUGGCAUCCGCUGGGUACAGUGGCGAUGUAGAGUUUCUUGACCCAGCUAUCUUGGCUGUUGGCAAAGGGAGACUACCACAUGGAGUAGACAAUUCUGGCUUUGAUUUAAGAUAUGCUCCGCCUCCACAGUUCAACGGUUCUGAUGUUGACCCAAGACUUCAGCUCCUCAUGCAGCAGUCCGUUUCCGCUCAACAAGAGCUGAGAAUCCCGGAGAAUUUUGGGGGCAGAUUUUUACCUGUAAAUGAUUCAUACGUCCCAUCUAGACACCUACAUCAGAAUCUCCCGCCACUGUCUCCUUUUGAUUUGAUGUCAAUCCAGCACUCCAGAAAUGCACAGUGGGAAGGCUGGAACGACAUCCAGGCUAACAGUGACCCAGGCAUGGGUGAGUUACUGAGGAACAAGAGGCUCGGGCUUAACAGAUACUUCCCUGGAAACGAAGAAAAGUUUCGGGCAGGUGAUGUGUACAACAGAGACUUUGGAAUGUGA